AUGAACAGGCGCGGCUUCGAGAUAAUAAGCCCAUUCUCAGCGCCGGUACAUCGCUGGAGAAUUAUCCUAAUCCUAAAUUCACUUUUAAUCAUGACGGAAUUAGUGAUGGCUUGUUUUAUCUGCCGAUCCGGACCGGAUGUUAUGUCGCACCUCCGUAACCACGGAUGGGGAAGGCAGAGGAUCGCCGUGUCCUUCUUCGUUAUUUCCUUCUCGAAUAAUCUCAUCUGCUCCGUUGUCUUCUUCUUUGCUAGACACAGAAGUGCCUGGAAGAACAGAGGUGUGUUGAUCAAAUGCGUCGUGAUAUGGCUUGCCUUCCAACUCUUGUCGUUCCUCAUUUCAGCCAUUGUACAUUACAUGACUUAUAUCAACAUUGAGACAACUUUUGAGUAUACAGAUUUCUUGCCGGUUCUAAACGAAUACUCAACCGACUGGCUGGCCCGACUAUCCAUCAUUCGAAUGCACCGCCAAUUUCGGUGCUGUGGUAUCACGGCAGCUUACGAUUUCAUCGGUAUUAGGUGGUACUUCGAAGAGAUGGAGUUGGAUUCGUUCAAAUACAAAGUACCCAAAAGCUGCUGUCGUAUUACGAAAUGCGUUUUUGGAGCCCAGAUAUACGAAAACCUAACAGUCUUCCAGCACGGUUGUUACAAUUACGUAAUGGACGAAAUCGAAUCGGUUUAUCGGGUCAAGUUCAUUCUAUUCGCCAUUCUGUCGGUAUUUCACGCAUUACUCUUCCUAAUCAUCGUCUGCUCUAUGCCUAAUAUCGAAAAGGUGAACAUGAGCUACGAGGAGUUCGUGAUGAACAAGAACCUGUUCACAGUCCUCUACCAGAAAGGGCUGAUGCAAAAAAUUGAGAAAAAAUUUGAAGAACUCAAAACCAUUGCCCACCGCCUGGAACCGGAAGAGAUGGAUAGGCGGACCAAACAAUUAGAAGAUGCCAUCAACAAGGAAUUGUUCAGCGCCGACGAUGACGACUUAAACGGCGAUGAUGACGUCAGAGAUGCUGGCGAGGAGAGAGAGAAAGUAGAAAAGGAAGAUGGAGUGAAGAGAAAACGAGUGGACGACAAGAGUGAAAGAAUGAAGAAAGAAGAAGAAUUUCAUAAAAGUUUGUCUGUCGGAAGUACGGAGAGUCUGCAACUGUUCGACAAACAUUUUCCUGAAAAGUCAGAGGAGAAAAAUGCUGAGAAUAAAAAACCGAAAAUGAACAGAAAAUUUAAUAAAAAGUUAAUUGUUUGA